AUGGGUAUAUGUUGUGGGAUUUUGGAUGAAGACAAUUAAGAAGAAGCCAAGAAAUUGAAUCCAAAUCAGAUUGAAGAAUAAGCUUCCCAGAAGGAAAAGGAAGAAGAAAUAAGUUACUAACUUUAAAAUUUCACCUUUAAGAAUGUGCUUGGUGCUGGAUUGUUUGGAAAAGUGUUAUUGGCAGAACACAUCAAAACAAAGUAGUAUUUUGCAAUUAAAAUCAUUGACAAAAAGCAAUUGGAAGAUUAAAAUUUUGUAGAAUCAGAACAUUAGAUAUUGUAGCAAACAUAAAGUCCUUUUAUAAUCAAGCUUUAUUUCACUUUUGAAAAUAAGAAUAAGUUGUUUUUGGGCACAGAAUUUGUUAAUGGUGGCGACCUGUUUGUACAUUUGAAGAAUAAUGUGUAAUUUUCAGAGGAAAGGACAAGAUUUUAUGCAGUCGAAUUAAUUUUGGCAUUGAAAUAUCUACAUGAAAAUAGAAUUAUAUAUAGAGAUUUAAAGCCAGAAAAUAUUCUGUUGGAUUAAUUUGGACACAUCAAAUUGACAGACUUUGGUUUAUCCAAAUAUAAAUUUAGUUAGAUUACUUAUACAGCUUGUGGAACGCCAGAGUAUGUGGCACCUGAAAUAUUGCUCGAAAGAGGGCACAAUGAAUGUGUCGAUUGGUAUUCAUUAGGAAUUCUGAUCUAUUAGAUGUUGUGUGGAUCCAUUCCGUUCUAUUCAAAGUAGUUGGAUGAAAUGAUAGAUAAGAGACUUUCUUAGCCUUUUGAAUUUCCAAAAUACUUGAAUUAAAAAGCCGUUGACUUGAUAAAGGGAUUAACUGAGAAUGAGGUUUCAAAACGCUUAGGGUUUAAGGGAGCUGACGAAAUCCUUCGACAUCCUUUUUUUGAAGAAAUCGACAUAGAAGCAAUGUCCAAAAGAUAGGUUGAGCCACCUUUUAGACCGUAAUUAUAAGGAAAGAAGGACUUACGAUAUUUAGAUCCGGAUUUGUUACAAUAAGAGAUCAAAUUCGAAGAUGAUUUAAAUUUAAGUUGA